UUUAGAAAGGCGAAGAAUAGGUAGAAUAUUCGUCGGUUGUAGUAAGCACCGCUAACUUUAGAGACCCGUCUAAAGGUGGGUCGACGUUGAAGCAGGUGCGGUAUACUCUAACGUCACCCAGCACAUUCGUUUUUCUUUUCCAAUACUUACACAUACUAAUAGAAUCCUAGUUGGCGUCCGUGCAAUCCGUUUCUUUUUUUUUUGUUUCAUUAUCUUUUGUUUUUGCGAUUUGUGAAAAAAAGAAGGGAUACCAUUCAAGUGCGCCUGAACUGACUGGAAGUGUUGUUAUUGUGCAGCAAUAUGGGAAGCAACUGUCGGGGAUGAACAGGGUGGAUUUUCGAGUCCUGGAUUCGUAAUAUUGAUGUUCGAAGGUGUGAAAUGCCCUGGAUUAGUUUCAGACGUAUCGUUUCAGGCAAUAAAUCAUCUCAAUGGCGACCAAGUUAAUUAUAACGUGUUUUCUUCUUCUAUAUGGACAAUUGUAUUCGGUACAUGCAGGACCAUGCGAGGUAGAAAAUAAGGCUACGAAUAUCAUUGUGGACAUUGAAGAGAGCAGGGGUUUAUCGAUUGACCAGGAAACGAAUCCCGUGGAAUUACCGGUAUCGGGCGAACCUAAUGUUGACAUGUUCCUUGAUCUGGUUUUUCCAAAAGGAAAUCCCCUGUUUUACCUCGACGGAAAAAAAUUAAAACUGCUCGCUCCUCUCGAUCGAGACAGGGAUUCUUUAUCACACAUUGUCUUCCAAUUGACAUGCACUAUCAAAGCGACGCACAAAAAGAGAACGAUACCUGUUAUUGUACGCGUUUUCGAUAUUAACGAUAAUGCUCCAGAAUUUGUAAACACCCCGUAUGAAACUAGCAUUUCAGAGUUGACACCAAUAGGCACAACGAUCUUUCAAAAUGUUCUGGCGAAAGACAAGGACACGGGAGCGAAUGCCUUGGUGGAGUACUCGAUAGUCCCGGGCACCGCUUCUGGCCUAGUUUACGAACAGAACAUCGGCCAGAACAGAGUAGCCACUGCUGAUGGUUAUGGGGUUUUUGCCAUUAACUUGCCACAUCAAGGAAAAGUAACGGUUAACCGGACGUUAGACUUUGAAAAAACGCAGCGUUACUAUGUUACGAUUGUUGCCACGGAUAAGCCAAAAAAUCCGGACGAAAGACUGACUUCCACUACCACACUGAUAGUAAAUAUCAAUGACGACGACGAUCAGAAUCCGUCGUUUAUUUAUAAGGGAUGCAUGGUCCUGGAUGGGGCUUGCAUCAACCCGGAAUAUCACGCCACUGUUUCAAGUGGCGUCCUCCAUGGCGUUCUGGACAUCGCCCCGGAGAAGAUCCAAGCCGUUGACAUGGACACCUUGAACUACCCAGUAACUUACAGUUUUGUAAGCGGUACCCCGGAUACGUAUGCCGACUAUUUUCGAAUAGAUCCGGAUGUAGGAACGGUACAUCAGAUGAAAUCUGUCGAUAGCAACACUGCCAAAAAUUUUGAGAUAAUCAUCAAGGCCCAAGAAAAAUCGGAAGCCAAAAGAUCUACCACUGCCAAAUUAUUCAUCGAUGUGACCCCAGUUGAUGCUAAUCCUCCAGAAAUCUUCGUCUCUUCUUCCGAAGGCUUCGUCGAUGAAAAUUCUCCCGUAGGAACGAUUGUACUGGAUGCCCAAAAGAAUCCAAUUGAGUUCACUGUAGUUGACAAAGAUUUGGGUCCAAACGAACCAAAGCCAGAAUAUAUCUUCGAAUUGACGACUCCAUACUUCAUUAUAGACAAAAAGGGAUACCUCAUUGUUAAUGACAACAAUUUGGACAGAGAUCCUCCAAGUCCAGGAAAAUUUAGGUUCCAAGUGGUAGUCAAGGAAAAGCUUGGGGUUGCUGCAAGCGCCCCAACGUCUGUCACAGUUGCAUUGAACGAUGUCAACGACAAUCCCCCUAUUCUUCCUUCAUACCCCCCCGUAACGGUACCAGCAGGAGAUGGCAGAAGAACGGUCAUGACCAUCAAGGCAACCGACAAGGACGAGGGCAAAAAUGCGGAAAUCAGAUACUCGAUAUACCACAUUUCUAACAAUGGUAAUGGAAAAUUCAUCAUAAACCCUACAACGGGGGUUCUGGAAACAAACGAAAAAUUGAACGCUGGUGAACAAUACAGUUUGACAAUACAAGCAAUGGAUUCCGGAGGUCUUUACAGUCAAACGAUAGUGGAAGUCACUGUAACACCGGGACCAAAUACUCAGAGUCCUGUUUUCGAGCAAUCAGUUUACGACAUUGAGAUUAGCGAGGGAGCUACAAUUAAUUCUACAGUAGCUACAGUCGUGGCGAUUGAUGCAGAGAACGAUCCUGUAUCAUAUUCCAUUAUAUCGGGCAAUGACUUAAGGCAAUUCGCAAUUGGAAGCAGGAGUGGGAUAAUCACAGUAAUCCGAAAACUGGACAGGGAAGAUCUCACCCGAUACCGUCUAAUAAUCAAAGCCGAAGAUGAUGGUAAACUUUUCAGCACAGCUACAGUGAACAUCAAAGUCACAGAUGUGAAUGAUAAAAAUCCAGAAUUCGUAGGAGAUCCUUACACGUUCUCUGUAAAGGAGGGACUCAACAAGACAUCCGUGGGUUUCGUUCUUGCAACAGAUGCAGACGAGGGCAUCAACGCCUUGGUCACUUAUUCAAUCCCUGCCAAUCUGCCCUUCGACAUCGAUUCCGAAACUGGAGAAAUCACCACCAACAGGGCUUUGGAUUAUGAGAAACGCCAGAACUACCAAUUCGUAGUGACCGCAAAAGAUGGGGCACCAGAUCCUCGAAUUGCCACAGCAACCGUCGUAAUCAAUGUCAUAGACGUUGAAGAUGAACUGCCAAUCUUCGAUAAUCCUGUUUAUGAAGCUACAGUUCCAGAAAAUACGCCAGACUAUUUCGUAACCGAUGUCAUGGCUAGAGACCCGGAUACAGUGAAGAAAGUUACAUACGUAAUCCAUCAAGGGUCCACAGAUCUGUUUAGGAUCAACGAAAACACAGGGGCAAUAUUCACAACCCGAGGCCUCGAUUACGAAAAGGAAAGCCAACACGUUCUGAUCAUUGGGACUUUGGAGAAUAUGCUGAACACAGAAGGAAGUACAACUAAAGUCAUUGUCAAGGUGGAGGACCGUAACGACAUUCCUCCAGUGUUUACUACACUUCCUCAUCCGAUAACUUUGGACGAUGACGUAUCAAUUGGCACUUCGGUAACGCAUUUGGUAGCCGCGGAUUCCGAUGGGACUUCCCCGAACAACAAGGUGCGGUACGAGGUAAUCGGGAGAGGAAAAUCAACCAAAUAUUUCCAGAUCGAUCCAGACACGGGAAUUUUGAAAGUUAUCAACGAUCUCAGAAAGGAAGUUGACACAGAAUAUCAGGUGGACGUAAGGGCAUACGAUUUGGGGGAACCCCAGCUCUCUUCGGUCAUCACAGUGGACGUCUAUAUACAGCACGUGGCCACUGUGGCACCUGAAGUAGGCCUAAGAUUCACCGAUACGUCGUACAGUGCCCAAGUGCAAGAAAAUUCAACAACAGGCUUACUGAUAAAAACGCUAACCAUCGUAAACAGUAAAGCUCAUGGUACUAACAUACCAUUGAAAUGCGUUAUCACCGAUGGAAAUCAAAAUGGACUGUUUAAAGUGAACGUCACGGAUGACAGGAAUUGCGCGUUAUAUUUGAACGGGUCCUUGGAUUUCGAAACGGAGGAAACGUACCAUCUGGUCGUCGAACUCAUGUCCAUCCAGGGUUUCCUCAACCACGACUUCAAAAUCACCAAAAUCACCAUCAACGUUGCCGACGUGAACGAUAACAUUCCUUACUUUAUAUAUCCCUCAGGAUCAGCAACUGAUAAGUAUUAUGCAGCCAUUACCAAAACCACCCCUGUUGCUUCCACAGUUGUCCAAAUAAAGGCCGACGACAAAGACAAUGGAAAGUUCGGUAAAAUAAAAUACGACUUGACAGGAAAUUACAGUGACGCCUUUUUCUCGAUCGAUCACAAUUCGGGCGUAGUGAAAACGAAGAAAGGUUUCGACGGCGAUCUUCCAUUAGAGCAAACGUUCUAUCUGAUCGCCUCAGCCAGGGAUAAUCCGAACAGCACGGUGGAUUAUCACAUGGUCAAAACGCCAUUGAUCGUGAAUUUAAUUACCGACGAAAAUCGAAUUGUUCUCGUGAUCGGGGACGCGAAACCCGACGCGGUCGCCACCAAACUCGAAACGUUGCAACGGGUCAUCCAGGACCAAACUGAUCUUAUUGUUGGAAUCGAAAAGGUCACUCAGAGAGAGUUCAUCAACGAAAACGGCACCUUAGAAGUCGACCCUACAGCCACAGAUGUCUGGUUUUAUCUAAUCGAUCCCGAAACUGAUAGCAUCCUAGAAGCAAAUCAUUCGAUCGUAAAAAGAGCAAUUUUCGAUAAACAAGCGAUGGACAACAUAACUUUCGACGUGUCCGGUCAGAUCAAGCACACGGCUUUGGAAAUACACACGCCGUUAGAAAUUCCGAAAAAAGCCAAACCUACGGCGAUAGCGUCGUUAAACGGAGAGGUAUUUCCAUAUGCCCUGAUAGUGAUUGCAUGUAUAAUCUUCGUCUUUGGAAUAAUUGGAAUUAUCUACAUAACAGUGUCUUGGUCACGGUACAAGUCGUAUAAAAGUCAACUGCAGCGGGCAUACUCGGCACCCUCCAGCCCCGUACGUUACGACACUGUGUACGUCGAACCCAACCUGAAAGAAUACGAAACCCAGGUUCUACAAAUGUGCGUCCCGAUCGAUGAUAAUGACGAUUACAACGAUUUACAUUUAGAUUUUAGUAAAAAAAGUCACGUCUUCAACCUGGACAACGUGACUUACAUCAGUAAAGAAAAUAAUCUCAAUAAAUCAUCAAGCCAGCGCAGUCCGAUGGGGAGCGAGUCAACUGCGAGAGCUUCCAGUGUCGGCGAGCAUGAUCCGGGGAAAUCCGGGAAUCAUAUGUACGAUGGAAGUUUAGACGAUGAGGAAAUGAGUACUAGUCCCUCUAACGAAAACGUAAUGUUUCGGGAAAAGAAAAAAUAUUCUCACUUAGGUUAUUUAUGCAACGAUCAGUCGAUAGAGACAACGACGGAAUUGUAAAAAUGCAACAAAUUAAUGUUGUUUUUUAUUUAUUUUAGAUAGAUUU